AAGGCACUCAUUACGGAGAUCAACGAGAAGCUCGAAGUUUGAUGUUUCUUUCAACUUCGCGUAACUUUCAUAUGAUUGAAGAGCAAGAUACUGAUAACUCUAUUGGGUUGAACAACCCAACCCCUUCUGAUGCUGAAAGAACUAAUCAAUUUGCUUUAGAUACCGACAUCCCUCUUGCAGAUACCGAUGUCUCUAUGACGUCGGGUUUGCCCAAAAUGCCAAAUGAAGCCCUUGAUCAAGAACAAUAUUCUUAUGAGAAAGACAUAGGGAUACACGAAGAUAUGGAUCCACGGAUGCAAUUCAAAGAUAAGAAUCAUCAUGCCAGAGUGGAACCAGUCGAAGACGUUGAAACUAUUUACGUGGACGGAUUGACGCAGGAAAAGUCAUUGCACAUUGGAGUUAACCUUCAAGAACCCAUACGAUCGUGCUUAAUUCAAUUCCUUCAGUCAAAUUCCGACGUAUUCGCCUGGAAACAUGAAGACAUGAAAGGAAUCGACCCACAGAAAGCAUGUCAUCGCUUAAAUUUGGAUAUGACUGUAAAGCCUGUUAUACAGGAACGCCGAAAAUUCAGCCCGGAUCGCCAGAAGGCUCUUGAAGAGGAAGUGAACAAGCUCAUUGACAAUAAGUUCGUCAAAGAAGCCAAAUACCCGACGUGGAUAUCAAACCCUGUCUUGGUUAAGAAAGCCACUGGCCUUUGGCAUCUGUGUAUUGAUUUCUCGGAUUUGAAUCAAGCAUGCCCGAAAGAUAGCUAUCCAAUUCCACACAUUGAUUACAUGGUAGACGCUACGUCGGGACAUCAACUCAUGAGCUUUUUGGAUGCCUAUUCCGGUUACAAUCAAAUUUCUAUGCACCCUGAUGAUGCUGAACAUACAUCGUUAUACUCAGCCCGAGGUCUGUAUUGCUAUAUGACUUUUGGAUUGAAGAAUGCUGGGGCCACAUACCAAAGGUUGGUCAAUAAGAUGUUUGCUCGUUUAAUCGGUCAUACAAUGGAAGUUUACGUGGAUGACAUGCUGGUAAAAUCGGAACAAGCCUCUGAUCACAUCGCUCAUCUUUCUGAAGUCUUUGACAUUCUCCAAAAAUACUCCAUGGUACUUAAUCCCAAGAAGUGCACCUUCGGGGUUGGAUCAGGGAAAUUUUUAGGAUACAUGGUGAGUCAGAGAGGAAUAGAAGCCAAUCCUGCCAAGAUCCAAGCUAUACUUGAAUUUGCUCCCCCGGCAUCUAUUAACGGU